AUGAGAAUCAAAGCUGCAUUCAAAACUGGGGAUGACAUCAUCGAAUCUACAGCAUCUCGCACAGUUUUCCCGCUUUAGGCCAACCACAGCGCAGAGGAGCGCUUCCUCCUGCUGGGUUUCUCCGACUGGCCCUCCCUGCAACCUGUCCUCUUCGCCCUUGUCCUCCUCGGCUACCUCCUGACUCUGACGGGCAGCUCGGCGCUAGUGCAGCUGGCGGUACUCGAUCCGCGCCUGCACACGCCCAUGUACUACUUCCUCUGCCACCCGGCCCUGGUGGACGCGGGCUUCACCACGAGCGUGGGGCCACCGCUGCUGGCCGACCUGCGCGGCCGGGCGCUGUGGCGGGAGCUCGGCCCCCGCCUCGCCCAGCUGUGCGCGUCGCUGGCGCGGGACUCGGCCGAGUGCGUCCUGCCGGCGGUGAUGGCUCUGGACCGCGCGGCCGCCGUGUGCCGCCCGCCGCGCCUCCGCCGCUCGCUGGCCCGCGCCUCCUGGCUCGGCGGCCUCACCAACUCUGCGGCGCAAACGGCGCUGCUGGCGGCUCGGCCGCUGUGCGCGCCCCGCCGGGUGGACCACUUCAUCUGCGCGCUGCCCAAGCUGGCCUGCGGCGGCGGCGGCCGAGACUCCGCCGAGCGCCAGAUGUUUGCUGCCCGCGUGGUCAUCCUGCUGGCGCCGUCCGCCGUCAUCCUGGCCUCCUGGGGCGCCGUGGCCCGCGCUGUAUGGGGCAUGAGGACCGGAGGGAGCCGCAGGAAAGCGGUGGGCACCUGUGGGUCCCACCUGACAGCCGUCUGCCUGUUCUGUGGCUCAGCCAUCUACACCUACGUGCAACCCACUCACAGCUACAACCAACAGCGGGGCAAGUUCAUUUCGCUUUUCUACACUGUAAUCACACCCGCCCUCAACCCACUCAUCUACACCCUCAGGAAUAAGGAAGUGAAGGGGGCAGCGAGGAGGGUCCUGGGGAGUCUUCGGAGAGGGCAAGCUAGACAGUGA